CAUAUCUAUCGGUGCGCUCACAGGUCUAUCAACUAGUCUUCUCGGAGCGAUGUUUCCAUUGCCUCGAGUUCUGUAUUCGAUGGCCAGCGAUGGCGUUAUCUUCCGAUUCUUGGCCAACGUUCACCCGAAGUUUAAGACACCCCUCUUGGCUACCGGCGUGUCGGGCGUGUUUGCCGGUGGUAUGGCUGCCAUGUUUGACGUCAAAGAAUUGGCUGACAUGAUGUCUAUUGGUACUUUAUUGGCGUAUACUUUAGUUGCUAUUUCUGUGCUCAUACUGAGAUAUAGUGAUUCUGCGAACAAAAUCGGUUUGUCUGACGCCGACCGUCUCGGCGGUGACGCCCACGAAGUGACUCCACUUAAAGACAGUGUUGAUAACGAAUAUAAAGCCGAUGCGAUGCAUGCCUUCCCCUCCUCUCCCGGUUCUGAUAACUCAAUGAACACCAAUCACUUUGUCGGCAGUUCC